UUUCACGAUUGGAAAGAAUCGAAAACUUUACCAAGAAAUAUUUUAAAAUAUUAAUAGAAAAAUAUAGAAGUUUUAGUAGAAAUGCUCAACCGAAUAUCCGUGAAAUUGCAUUCCAACAACAAGUACACAAGAAUUCUCGGCAAAUUAGAGCAGAAAUGUGGCUGCAACAGAUUUUUCAUCGUCAAAUUUUUAAUGAUUAUACUAGCUGUAUACACCGCAGUUGGUUAUGGAAAUGAAUUUGUCUGCACUUUCACAUCGAUCGUCUAUCCCAUUUACGCUUCAAUGAAUGCGAUUCAAAGAGGAACACCACGAGAUACAGAAAUUAUACUGACAUAUUGGGUGAUAUUUGCAUUAAUUUAUAUGUUUGAAAAUUUAUUUAAUGCCGUAAUGACUUCGAUUCCUUAUUAUUGGUUGAUGAAGAUAAACACCACUCUAAGUUCUUAUAUACAGAGUGGCCAUUAUUAGUUUCUAUAUUCAGAGCAGUCUGUAGCUGUAACUAAUAAGUGAAAUGACACAAAAAUUUGUAUACAGAUUAAACAAAGAUGUGGAAAAGGAUUUUAAAAAGUGUUCAAAAAUUUCAGCUCUGGGAUGUUUUGGCAUACGGUUUAUUAAAGAAACGUUGCAACAUUGGCAGACAAAGAAUUGUAUUACACUAUACGUCAAAAACAUCCCUGAAAAACAUUUACGAUCAGUUGUAGGACAUAUUGUUCAUCGCCUUCAAAUUUUAAACCUGAACAAUUGGACACACAUUGAAUAAUAUUACUGACAGCAGUAAAUAGCCUCUGCAGAAGGCAUUUUUAGUUGUUUUUAGUGUAUUUUUCCUUUAAAGUGCUCCAACAGAAAUUUUGAUUUUUGAAUUAAAAAUCUUUUUGCAAAAUCUCUUUCUGCAUCCUUUCUAUGUGUAUACAAAUUUUGGUGUCAAUUCGCUUAUUGGUUAUAGCUACACAGUGCUCUGAAUAGAGAAACUUUAAUUAUGACCACCUUGUACUUCACGCCGAAUUCUAUUCGUUUCACAUUCAAGAAAUUAUUUUUCAGAUGUUAUUCCUGAUCUUCUGCUUCGCUCCAGUUUCUAAUAAUCUUUCAUUAUUUCUCUAUCGAAACGUCUUGAGUGUACUGAUGACAAGUAUUUUAGUAGAGAAACGCAAUGGUUCUGAUUUGGAUAAUG